AAGACUUAUAAUUUCUUUUAUUACAAAUCUUGUAUAUUAAUACCAAGGUCGUCUCUCUUGUCUGAAUCAAAUCCUUCCUAACCAAAAAUAAAGCAAACAAAAACCCAUUGAAACUCUCCUAAUCUCGCAAGAACAGCACAAGAUAAGAGAAACCAAAGGAUCAUCAACUAAAAAAGAAAUGAUCAGCCCAUUUAGAUCUUCAUGUUCUUUGCCAAGAAAAUCAAGAAAAGCGAGCAAGAACCCUUAUUCAAAUCGUGGACUUGACAAAUUCUCUAAGCUUCUCUCAGAACUCGACGAGAAGAGGCAGAGCAUCUACUCCAAGAAGCUAGAUUCUGGAGGCCCGCCUCUUGUCCGAUUCGUGUUCACAAGCUCCGGCGAGUGUGUCCCCGUCGUGAUCAGACCAUCUUACCUUCAUAAACAAAAGAAGACCAAAGAUGUUGCUCCUGCUGCUGCUAAAGUCAAAACAGUGGUCAACGAAUCAAAAACAGAGGAAACGAAGAAAACAGAACUUGAAACAGAGGAGAAACAGAACUGCGUUUUGAACGAGAAUCUGAAGAAGAUCACGAGACCGAACCGGUUCUUGCCCGUGACUGUGAUAUUGGUUCUUGUUUUAUUGGUUUUCUUUGGAAGAUCUGUUGCGAUUAUGUGCACUUGUAUUGCUUGGUACUUGGUUCCAACGAUCAGGGAACAGAGCGGAUCUUCCUCAUACGCGAUGAAGAAGAAAGAUUUCGCUAGGAAAUUGAGUAUUGAAAACAGAGCAUCGUUUAAUCCAAGAACUGUUCUUAAUCAUUCUCCUAGCAAGUAGAAUUUUCGUUUUUUGGCUGCUCGUGAAAAUACCGCGUGACCGAGCAAAAACGUUCUUAAAUUUAUCUCCUUUGUUACGUUUUGUUUCUUGUCUUUUUCUUUCAUAGUUGUUAAUUUUGAGACGGCCGAAUUACCAGAAAAUUGUGCAUCUUUUUCUCUUCUUUAGAACUCAAAUGUUUAUAGAUGUAAAUAUACAAUUGGACAUUGUUCUUGGUUACAUA